UUGCUGCGCCUUAUCAAAUAAAUGACGUCACUGAGAGCAAUAUACUGUCGCCAGUAGUCUCAUCUACAGACCCGUUACCGAAUGUUGGCGUCCCUGUUUAUACGCCAAUAUUUAACGAAGAUGCAGAUAAGCAAUGGCAAUGGACGCGAACAUUUCCACGAGUUUCUUUCGACGAUGAGUCCGGCUCGGCUCGCAUAUCAUGCCGUACUUUUACAAACAUGACACAGAAGCGAAUCUAUGAGGUUUUUCGUCAUUUCUACGUUUACGAUGCUUUUGUGAGAGACGUGCAGACUGGGACACGAGCAAUGUUGCAGUCAAGCUUUUCGCGGGAAGAGGGUCUCCAGCGAGUGACAAAAGCUUUGAUUGACAGGCUUAUAUCUACAGGACAGAUGACAGAAUCGUCAUCAUGCUUGGUGCCCGCUUACUCAUCGCCUCUCCUGCUCAUCCAAGGAGCUUGCCCGCCAAAACAUGGAAUCGAAUGCGACACGGUAUGCGAGUUUGCUUGCAGUGACAGCAGCUACACAUUGCUGGGGAGUUCUACAAUAAAAUGCCAGCCAAAUGGAACCCUCUCUGAUGAAUUUCCCCGCUGUAAAGCAAAUGGGGAACAUACCACACAGGUCACCACGACAAAGUCAAGUACUCCACAUCAUGUUGUACACACCACUUCACCGUCCACGACAACAUCCACCACAACAAAUACACGAUUUACCACAAGAACGGCACAACCUGAAAAUGGCACUACAUCGGGAAGUCACACAGAUCAUACUACACCUUCGACAACAGGAAUCCCUAGUACGACUGAUUCAUCAACUACCAACGAAGAUAGCCAUACAACCACAACAAGUUCUCCCACCAAGAAUGGCCCGACGUCAAAAGCAGUACCUCCCACGUCUACCAAGGCGGAUAGACCUACAGACGAGGGUUCUUCUACUGUACCUUCUACAAGUUCUGUUCCUGGCUUGCCGCAUAGAUUCAGUUCGUUGGCAUUUAUUGGUUUAUUGGGAGUUCCUCUACUUCUUCUGCCAGCGAUUUUCGCAAUAUAUAAAUUUGUUUUCAGGCACCGCAGGAAAAAGUAUUUGAUACUUGAUGAAACUUCGGGAGAUGAUGAUUUAGAUGACGUUGUUCACACAGACGUUCCAUUUGAUUGCGACGGAUAUUAUUCAGCCCAAGAAAUGAAGCAAGCCAUCCUGACAGAUACGUCUAUAGAACUAAACAGGGAAAUGUGCUACCCUAUGGACAAACCGGACAAAGGAAUUGCUUUCAUUUUGAACAACUACCUGUUUAAAGCAGACAGAGCGAUUGAAAGGAAGGGCUCUGAUAUUGAUUUGUUCAAUGUUAAGCACGUCUUUAAGGAGAUUGGCUAUUCACCUAAAGAAGCUCAAAAUCUAACUGCUGAGGGAAUAAGAAUGGAGCUAAAUAGCUUAAAAAAGAACAUCUUGCACUCCCACACCUCAGUCGUCUUAGUGUUCAUGAGCCACGGGGUUCCAGAAGGAAUUCUUGGUACUGACCAGAAAGUCGUAACCGUCGAGGAAAUCAAGAACAUCUUCUCGGGGAACAACUGUCCUGCCUUGAUCGGAAAACCAAAGAUCAUGUUCUUCCAGGCCUGCAGAGGAGAUAAAGUGACUCCAUGUGCUUCCCCAAAUAACAAACGCCCUGAAGAAGGUCCCGAAAAUAGCAAUGACAUCGUGAGCACUGAUGGGUCAACGCGAGAUGGAAGAGUUGAACUGGCCACAGACGAAGGGGAAAGCUCGAAACCAGAUAGGUCCAUGGUCAAAGCAUCACCUGAUAACAUAGAAGGAAGUGAGGUGGAUACCGACGGUGGGGUACCAGAUAAUGCCGAUGUCUACAUUGCUCAUGCUACUCCAGAAGGCUAUUUCUCGCUACGUGACAAGCAAAACGGAUCGUGGUUCAUCCAAGCCCUUUGUGAGGAGUUAAUCGCUAGUGCGCAUGCCCAUCAUCUUGAUGACAUCAUGAUGAAGGUAACAGAUAGAGUAAAGCUACACGAAGGUAAUAUUAUGAUAAGAGGAAAACGACGACUCACUCUACAGACCCCGCAGAUUGUCAAACAAGGGAUCGGAAAGAAGAUAUAUUUUUUACCAAAAUAUCAACCGGUGCACCCACAAAACAAGACCACUGAACUUAAAGGGGAAUCCAGUCCACGAACUUUGGUCAUGUUCUUGGAGCUUCUUCGAACGUUUCGGGCCAAAACACAAGCAAUAAUGUCGGAAGACCAUUUUGACGAACUGGAACAUUACAACUACGACCCUCCCAUCCACAGCGGAGCCAGCGGUAAGGGGCUGACGAAGAAGGAGAAAGCUACCAAAGAACACGGGAACCCUCACACGACCAAGGAGGCCCGCCUUGUUGAAGAUCAAAUAACGAACUCGGAGCAGAAAAAGAAAGAUAAAGUCAAGAAACAGGGCAGCAAAGAAUAG